AUGAGCCACACCAAAGUUUUGCCGUACUCGGCCGCUACAGUCUUCAAAGCCGUCUCUGACGUGGCGGGCUACCCGACAUUUUUACCCUUCACCAUUUCCUCCCAUGUCACAUCAAGGGAUGCUGCGGGUUAUCCGACCCGAGCCAGCUUGAAAGUCGGGUACGCGACACUCGGCAUCGAGGAAGACUGGGAGAGCAUCGUGCGGUGCGAUCCAGUCCGAGGAAUCAUCGAGGCGAAGAGCAGCGAGGAGCACAGCAACGGCCUUUUCGAGACCUUGAGUACGAAGUGGCUCAUCGCGCCUUCGAAGACGACCAACGACAGUACCGCCGUCAAGCUGAACGUCGACGUCAAGUUUCGCAAUCCGCUCUACGAUCAAAUGUUUGCCCAGGUGGAAAGCAAAGUUGCAAGUACCAUGGUAUCUGCGUUUGAAAAAAGGGUGGAGGAGCUCCAUCGGAAGCAGCAAAUGCAGCCGCGGUGA